AUGCAGGACUAUGCGGUCGAGUUCGAAGGCGCAGCACGCAUGCUCGAGAAGCCCUUGUCCGAUGAGGAGAUGAUGCACACCUUCAUGAAAGACCUUCCUGUCAAGCUGCAGCAGGCACACAUGAUUGGUGGCAUGACCAAUGGGAUGACUUACAAGGAGACGAAGGAGCAGGUGAUCAAAACGGACAACAUCAUUUGCACGUACAUGUUUGGUCCCGAAAAGUCAGGCCAGCAACCCCGUGCCGAAGGCUCUGGUGGUCAUGGGAACCAACCACAGAAUGCUACGGGUGGAGGCGGUUGGAACAAGCGGCCUUCCCAGCAGCGUGAUCACCAGCCUGGACCGCAGGCCAAGAGUGCUAACGACUGGGAAGGUAUCCACCCAUCCUCUGUUCUCUUCCUGUAUACGCCCUCGCGCAUCCCAAACCUCAUCUGCCGCGAUGUUGGGCAGACUAUGAUGAUGGCUCUUGUGGAUGUCUCUAUAGUGGAUCCACAGCCGGAGGGGAACGUGCAACUGAGCAGUCGACCCCCACACAGAUUGGAGUGGCAGCAGCUAGGGUGGUGCAGGAUAAGCUGCUCACUAAGGGCCGCACUUAGAGGGGUUGCUGCUGGCACCACAGUUUUACGCGCAGCGGGCGCGGGCGCGGGCCGGGGGCGGGCGGCCGGGCCCCCCGGUGGCGGCGGGCGCGGGGGCGAGUCGGGGGCGGUGGCCGGGCCCCCUGGGGGCGGCGAGCAGUGGGCACGGGCGUGGGCCGGGGCGGGCGACCGGGCCCCCGGGGGGCGGCUGGUGCAGGCGCGAGCCGGGUACGGGCGGCCGGGCCCCCCAGGGGCGGCGGGCGCGGGCGCGAGCUGGGGGCGGGCGGUCGGGCCCCCUAGGGGCGGCGAGCAGUCGGCGCGGGCGUGGGCCGGGGCCGGGCGGCCGGGCGGCCGGGCCCCCCGGGGGUGGCGGGCGUGGGCGCGGGCCGGGGGCGGCGGGCCGGGCACGGUCCAGGGGCGGGCGACCGGGCCCCUCAGGAGCCGCGGGCGCGGGCGCGGGCCGGAGGCGGGCGGCCGGGCCCCUCAGGGGCGGCGUCCGCGGGCGCGGGCCGGAAGCGGGCGGCCAGGCCCCCCGAGGGCGGUGUCCGUGGGCGCGGGCGCGGCCCGGAGGCGGGCGACCGGGCCCUACGGGGGCAGCAGCCGCGGGCGCGGGCGCGGGCCGGGGGCGGGAGGCCACGGGGGCGGUUGUCCUAUACAUUAG